GUUUAUACCAUUAUAUAUAUGGAGUGGGGAGUGGGAGUAGAUCAAGGUUUGCAGCUCUAGCAAAAGAGAGUACUUAUAGAGGAGAAAGAUCAUAAGGUGAAAGUAAUGGCUUCCUCAAUGAUUUCAUCGGCCACCGUCGCCACCGUCAACCGUGCCACCCCGGCUCAAGCCAGCAUGGUUGCACCUUUCACCGGCCUCAAGUCUGCCGCAACUUUCCCGGUCACCCAAAGGGCCAACAACGAAAUUACCUCCAUCGCAAGCAACGGCGGAAGAGUUCAAUGCAUGCAGGUAUGGCCUCCACUUGGGAAGAAGAAGUUUGAGACUCUUUCCUACCUUCCACCCUUGAGUUACGAAUCAUUGGCCAAGGAAGUAGAUUACCUUAUUCGAAAGGGAUGGAUUCCUUGCUUGGAAUUCGAGUUGGAGCACGGGUUUGUGUACCGUGAGAACCACAGGUCACCAGGAUACUACGAUGGGCGAUACUGGGUCAUGUGGAAGCUCCCCAUGUUUGGAUGCACAGACUCAUCCCAGGUUUUGAAGGAGCUUGAGGAGUGCAAGAAGGCUUAUCCCAAUGCCUUUAUCAGAAUCAUUGGAUUCGACAACAGGCGCCAAGUGCAGUGCAUCAGUUUCAUUGCCUACAAGCCUCCUGGCUUUUAAUUAAUUAUAAGUGAAUUCUCUCUAAAUGUACCCUUUUUAGUCAUGAUCCGGGUCGAUCGGUUUCAUUAUAUCAUGCAUGUACCUUAAGCUUUAUUAGAACACCCCCCACCCCCCUUUUGUUAUCAUUUUCGAGACAAUUUGCUUUGUUUUGAAUUUGCGUCUCUCGGAUGUCUGAUGUAAUGGGUGAGAACCAAUGAAUAAAUUAAAGGGUAUUAAUUUCU